AUGCAUUAUUUCUCGCAGCUUUUCCACUAUGAGCACCCGUGGUCCCAUGUGGUAAUUGGGAUGUGGCAUAAAUACCCUAAUCCUCACUGUACCCACGUUGUUACUAUCGACGUCGUUGACCGUACUGUCGAUCCAACAACGGGUGUUAUCCGAACGGAACGUGUAUUGGGUUGUAAGCAGAAGACACCAGGCUGGAUCGUCAAGUUGUUCGGUGGGUCAGAGGACGCAUUUGUGCGGGAAAUAUCCUUCAUCGAGCCGAGGACGCAAACCGCGACCAUCACCUCCGUUAACCUUUCCCUUUGCCAGUUCGCCAAGUGCUACGAGACCAUACGCUACUCGCCAACGAAUGACGGCCGCACAAUCUUUCAGCAGACGGCAGAGAUACAGGCCCGCAUGGCUCUUUGGCGGAGCGCGGCGGACAAGUUGGAGAACUGGCUCGUGCAGCGGUUCGAGCAGAACGCACAGCUAGGCAAGGUCGGAUUCUCGGACGUCCUUCGGAGCAUGUGGGAGGCGAAGGAACAGUGCCAGGCACAGUGA